AUGGCCUUUGCCCGCAGACUAGCAAUCCUCCCAGGUGGCCUCGGCGGCCUAGGCUCAAGCAUAGGCAAAAAGCUCCACCAACAAGGCGCAAGCAUAGCAAUCCUCUACGCCCCCUUCGAAGCCUCCCGUCGCGACGAACUCUUAGAAUCACGCUACGGCGCAAAAGCCGGCAACAUGGAUAACAUCCACACCUACGCAUGCGACAUAACAUCCCCAGAGUCAGUCCAAUCCGCCUUCGACUCUUUAUUACACCAAACGCCCUCACCAGCAUCACCAACAGAAAAAGCAUUCCCAAGCAUCCUAAUAAACACUGCCGGCUACGUCUCCCUAAGCAACAUGGAGCACACACCACCAGCAGAAACCCUGAAACACCUAACAACAAAUAUCCUCGGCCCAAUGCUAUGCUCGCAAGCCUUCGCACGGAGCUACUUCGCUGCAUCGCAGUCUGCACAGGCGCAGUCAUCAACUAGUUCACCACCCCCUCCAGGCCGGAUCGUUAGUAUCUCCUCUCAGGCUGCGCAUGCCGCGUUACACCGCCAUGGUGCAUAUUGUGCGUCCAAGGCUGGGUUGCUUGGCUUGACGAGGAGUAUGGCUUCUGAGUGGGGUGGUCGUGGGAUUACGGCUAAUACUGUUUCGCCGACUGUUGCUUGGACGGAGUUGGGGAAGAAGGCUUGGGGGGAGGAUACGGUGAGGAGGGCUUUUUUGGAGAGUAUUCCUACAGGCAAGUUUGCGUUGCCUGAGGAGGUUGCGGAUGCCGUGGUUUUUCUUUGUCAGGAUUCUAGUGGGAUGAUUAAUGGGGCAGAUCUUCGGGUUGACGGCGGUUUUACGGUUCGAUAA